AUGUCUUUCCGUCUGAUUCUGGUUCUUGACUUGGAGAAAGCAUUUGAUCCAGCAACGAAGCCGGAAUUCUUAGCAGAGCUUCGCAAUUCACUCAUCAAUGUGGGGUUCUUGCUCCUAGUGAAUUAUGAGAAGUACGGGCCUUCAAGACAAGAUUUCGAAGAUAUCAAGAAUCAGCUGUUUCACUUUUUUGCUUUACCAGAUGAAGUCAAGCAGGAUUGCGAGAUGAUUCACUCUCCACACUUCUUGGGCUACACGAGAUUGGCAAAUGAGAUCACAGCUUCACAGACUGAUUGGCGUGAGCAAAUUGACUUGGCCACUGAGUUGCCUGCUCCAAAAGAGGGAGAUCCGAUCUACAAGAACAUUGAAGGGCCCAAUUUGUGGCCAGACGAGCACCACAUCCCAGGUUUCAGAAAGGUGAUCACAACCUACAUCGAGAAGAUGACUCAACUCAGCACUACAUUCAGAAAGCUUGCUUGUGAAGCAAUCGGACUUGCUCCCGAGGCGUUGGAUGGGUACUUCAAGGAGAAUCAGCAGUGCAAGAUGAAGCUCAUUGCGUACCCCGACUCCGACCAGCUCCAAGGAGUCAAGUCUCAAGCAUUGGAUGAUCUGCCCGAAAGUGGUCAAGGUGUGGGUCCACACCGUGACUCCGACUUGCUCACCUACAUUUACCAGGCCACUGAACACCAGAACUCUCUUCAAGUGCAAAACUUCCAGGGAAAGUGGAUAACAGUGGAUAAUAUUCCCCAUAGUCUCGUCGUUAACGCUGGGCAAACUCUCGAGGCCAUCACGAAUGGUGUGUGCAAGGCUACGAUUCAUCGUGUGCUCAACCCUGCGGCAGGUUCAGGAACUCGUAUCUCGAUUCCAUUUUUCCAGACCAUUGACCUCGACUCGAGGAAACUGGCUGUUGAGAACCUUCCAAACGAAGUGCUCAAACUUAGAGACGAGCGGGAUAAGGCUAUUGAAGACUGGGGUGUGGAUGUUGGAUUCCAGUUCACUCCUGACAUUUCCCAGCACGCCGUGGGACAUGCCGUUUUCCGUAACCGGAUCAAGUCGCAUCAAGACGUGGCUGAAAGGUGGUAUCCUACAAUUCUCGAGGAAGUACGUGCUCUCUACUCUCACUAG